AGUAGGUACAUAAAUAUAUUCCACCCAACUUAUUAUCAUUAGCAAAACUUUUAUAGACAUAUCUUCCCUUCCCUCCCCCCUCCCCCCUCCCCCAGCAAUAUGCCCUCCCUACCGUACCACGAACCUUCCAUCAUCCAACUGCUCACCCUGUCCUCUUUCCUCCUCGCGCUCAACGCCAUCAACGCCGUGCUCGACCGCGCGCUGUACUGCGGGCUCGUGGGCCAGGUGCUGGUCGGCGUGGCGUGGGGCGCGCCGGGCGGCAACUGGCUGGCGUCCGAGCUGCAGGUUGCCGUGGCGCAGCUCGGGUAUCUGGGCCUGGUGCUGCUGGUGUUCGAGGGCGGGGCGGCGACACGCGCGGACGCGGUGCGCAGGAACUUGGGGCUCAGCGCGGGAGUGGCGGCGACGGGGGUGGCGGCGCCGAUGGCGCUGGGGUUCGCGGUGCUGGGGCCGCUGGCGAAGGCGGGCGCGGGUGUGGAUGGGAAGAUGGGGUUUGCGGCCGGGGCGGCGCUGUGCUCGACUAGUCUUGGGACGACGUUUGCGGUGCUAGAGGCGAGCGGGCUGGCGGAUACGAGGCUGGGUGCGGUGUUGGGGACUGCGGCGAUGAUGGAUGAUGUGCUGGGGUUGGUUAUGGUGCAGAUUGUGUCGAGUUUGGGCGGGGAGGGGAGGUUUGACGUUGGGAAUGCGGUGCUGAGGCCGGUGUUGGUCUCGCUUGCGUUUGCGGCGGCGGUCCCGGUUGCUUGUCGGUUUGUGCUGAGGCCUUUUGUUGUUCCGGUGGUGAGGAGGGCUAGAAUUAGGGGUGAGGAUGGGGAUGGGGAGAUGGAUAGGACGGGGUGGUGUCGAUGGAGUUUCUUGGAUUCGAAGCAGACUGCUUUUGUGGCACAGACGGCUCUCCUGGUUGUCCUUGUCGUGGGCGCUAGUUUUGCGGGCGCGUCUGUUCUUCUCGCUGCGUAUCUUGCUGGUAUCGUGGUUAGUUGGUGGGGAGAUACUCUGGGCAGUGAUGAGGGCUUGGCCAACGAGCAAGAUCCAAGAAGUCAUCGUGCUGUAUCUUCUCGAGAGCAGCAAAGAGUCGGAUCUGAGGGAAAGGGAGAGGGGACGUCAGAGCAGCAAAAGCCAGGGCACAUUACUCUUGGUGUCUACGAAACUUACUAUUCGCAAGCAGUCACUCGAAUCCUAAAGCCGUUCUUCUUCGCCUCUAUCGGCUUUUCUAUCCCUGUCUCUGACAUGUUCUCAGGAGAGGUGGUAUGGCGCGGAGUUAUCUACGGCAUACUCAUGGCAAUUGGGAAGAUAAUAUGCGGCUUAUGGCUGGUGCGAUUUCCCCUCUCCGCCAGCGGACUCGUAAGAGCCUUCGCCUCAUUCGCCUCGUCCCGAUAUCGAGCCCUUUUCUCGAGGUUUCGCCGGCCGCAAAAGGCGAAUAGCUCUCCUCAAGCAAAAAAUACAGUGUCUACGGAAGGAGUCCAUCUUGAGCCAGUUGCUGUUAUUACUCCCCAACCUGUCGAGAAUGAAUUAUCAGAAGGUAUCGUGGAUUCAUCAGGAGAAAUGCCACGGCAGCAAGCACCCCCAUCCAGAAGAGAUGACAGCUUACAAGGAACUACCACGCCAGCAAAGCCACUCUCGCUCUAUCCAGCUGCUAUAGUAUCAAGUGCGAUGGUAGCUAGGGGUGAGAUCGGAUUCCUAAUAUCAGCCGUAGCGGAGAGUAAGGGUGUUUUCCGGCAACCUUCGGAGAGCGCCAACGAAGGCGCUUCAGAGCUCUUUCUCAUUGUAACGUGGGCUAUCGUCCUGUGCACUAUUAUUGGGCCGAUAUGUGUCGGGAUGCUCGUCAGGAGAGUAAAGAGGCUUGAGGCGCGGGCUGCGACAGCUGGAGAGAGGGGAACGAAGAAUGUCCUUGGUGUUUGGGGCGUUCAGUAGAGGUGUUGGUAUUGGUUACCUUAGUUGAAAGGAAAAUAGAUCGAGAGGGAUUUUAUCCCUACAAGUAAAAGAAUACCUAACUUCUUGAGUGUGCCACAUUAUAUAAGAUUCAGCCCGACAGUCUGAUGGAACCCGGAAGCAU